GAAUCACGAUCCCUCACGACGAGACUGAUGGACCGUAGUUGGAUGUGAUCUCCCUGGCUAGACAAUAGAUAAAGGACAUUGAAUAGCCUCGUUGCCUUAGGCCUACCUCUCCUCUUCACCCAUUACCUCAUUCUCGGCUAGCAAGUCCAACUUGCCUUCUCGUCGUCACAGCCAUGGGUUGCAUACCGAGUAAACAGUCUGUUCUGGAAGGCGUUUCGUCACAUAAGAACAAGCCAGCCAAACGAUCAAAGAAACUGCGUCCACCAUCGCCGAUUAUCGAGGCAGAACAAGCACCAUGGGUGAAGGGGCAUGCGGUGUACUCAUUCAAUGAGCAUAAAGUCUUGGUUCCGAAACCAGAGCCAAUGGGGUGUGAGAAAGGCUCGUAGCGCGUCGACGGUUGUCAGUGUUCUGCUUUGUAGUCCGUGAACACAGUCGGCCUCGCCAGGAACUUACUCGAUCGUUCGCUCCGCUCCAUUUUGUCUGUCAUCCAGUCUCUACUCUCGACACGCCCAUCCACUCGUUAUUUUCCGUACCUGUACAAGCACGCUCUCUCCGCUUCUGUGUAUGUACUUAUUAUUUAUAGGGACAGGAGCAGUCUGACCCUGUUGGCCAUU